UCAGCCUGCCGCGCGCCUUCUGGCUUCAGCUAUAUGGAUAAUUCUUGCAAGGAAUCAAAAUAGGUGUAGUUAAGCGCUGUUCGCAGCAUGUGAUGACAUUUUUAGCUCCACUGGUAUUUGUAUGCCACUCGUGAUCCCGCUGAAAUUCCCGGGAAAUUCUUUAUAUCUGAAACUGCUGACAGUAGGAAGUCUUGGUUAUCAACAUUGCACAUACCAUACAGCCAGUGGAAAUAAUUUAUAAGCAGAUAAAGAGAAUUCGGAACCCCAUUUUUAGAGAUGUUUCCCCAAUUCGGCGCUACUGCCGAGAGCCUGAGCAAGGCGUCAACGAUGGUGUUCCGGAUCGGUACGGACGCUCACCUCUAUGACGACCCUGAAGACGUCAGCAUCGCUCCCCUGCUUGACAGCCGAUUCGAUUCCGAGAAACGUGAAGCCUUGAAGCGGUUACUCGCUCUAAUUGCUCAGGGCUUCGAUGUCUCCAAUUUCUUUCCCCAGGUCGUCAAAAACGUCGCAUCCCAGUCUCUGGAAGUAAAGAAGCUUGUUUACCUGUAUCUACUGCAUUAUGCUGAAAAGCGUCCAAAUGAAGCAUUGCUAUCAAUUAAUUGUUUCCAGAAGGACUUGUCAGAUCCAAAUCCACUGGUGCGGGCAUGGGCACUCCGUGCGAUGGCUGGAAUUCGUUUACAUGUAGUUGCUCCUAUUGUUCUUGUAGCCGUGGGUAAGUGUGCCAGAGAUCCAUCUGUAUAUGUUAGAAAGUGUGCUGCCAAUGCUCUUCCAAAGCUGCAUGAUUUGCAUCAGGAGGAAAACACUUCUGCACUUGAAGAGAUUGUCAAUAUGCUGUUAAAUGACCAUUCCCCUGGAGUAGUUGGAGCUGCAGCUGCUGCAUUUAAUUACAUCUGUCCAAAUAAUCUAUCAUUGUUAAGCAGAAACUUUAAAAGGUUAUGUGAAACUCUUCCUGACAUUGAAGAGUGGGGUCAGAUUAUCUUGAUUGGGAUCCUUCUACGAUAUGUAGUAGCAAAAUAUGGGCUUGCUAAAGAGUCCAUUAUGACUUCUUCCUAUUGCACUCAGAGUUCUGGUCCUGAAAAGCAUGGUGGGGAUUUUCAUGAUGAAGCCCUAAAGGACAGUGGUGAUAUUCAAGGUAUAAAUAUUGAAGGGGGAGCUGAUUUGCCGAAAUUGAUUACUUUGUUGUCCAGAUGCUAUACAGAAGGACCAGAUGAAUAUUUGUCACACUCAACUUGCACAAGUGUUAGUGGCAAUGAGUUGGAUCGUGCUAGUCUUACUUCCAGCAAAGAUAAUGAUGAUGUGAGGAUCUUUCUGCAGUGUACAUCACCGUUGUUGUGGAGUCAUAACAGUGCAGUAGUUCUUGCAGCUUCUGGAGUACACUGGAUUAUGGCACCUAAGGAGGACAUAAAGAGAAUUGUCAAGCCUCUAUUAUUUGUCCUCAGAUCAUCUCCCGAUUCAAAAUAUGUGGUCCUUUGCAACAUUCAAGUGUUUGCUAAGGCAAUGCCUUCUCUUUUUGCACCAUAUGCUGAAGACUUCUUCAUAAAUUCAUCAGAUUCAUAUCAGAUAAAAUCUUUGAAGYUUGAAAUACUGUCUACCAUUGCCACAGAUUCAUCAAUAUCAGUUAUUUUUCAAGAGUUUCAGGAUUAUAUUAAAGAUCCAGAUAGAAGAUUUGUUGCUGAUACAGUUGCUGCCAUUGGUUUAUGUGCUCAAAGAAUUCGAACUGUGGCAAACAAUUGCUUGGAAGGACUUCUCUCCUUGGUUAGACAAGAAUCUUUGGUGUGUGAUUCGACCUUGCUGGAUGGAGAGGCGGGUGUUUUGGCUCAAGCAAUCAUGUCUGUCAAAGCAAUUAUAAAACAAGAUCCAGAAAAUCACGAGAAAGUGAUUAUUCAAUUAAUUCGAAGUUUGGACUCGAUCAAGGUGCCUGCAGCCCGAGCAAUGAUUAUUUGGAUAGUGGGGGAGUACAAUUCUUUAGGGCAGAUAAUUCCUAGGAUGUUACCUACUGUACUGAUGUAUCUUGCUCGAUGUUUUACUUCAGAAGCACUUGAAACAAAGCAUCAGAUUCUUAGUACUGCAGUCAAGGUUAUGUUAUUUGCACAAGGGGAAGAAUUAUUGACAUUCAGAGAAGUCUUAAGCUAUGUUCUAGACCUGGCCAAAUAUGAUCCGGAUUAUGAUGUUAGGGACAGGGCACGGAUUUUUAAAAAACUGCUAGCUGGCCAUAUGGCUUCUCAAGGCCCAAUGGAAGGAAUACCGUCCCAACCCCAAAAUACAGAUUUACGGACUGCACUUGCAGAACAUAUAUUUGGUGGAAAAACAAAAUCAACAUUAUCUACCUCCAACAAUUAUCGGUUUUAUCUUCCUGGAUCUCUUUCACAGAUAGUUCUUCAUGCAGCUCCAGGGUAUGAACCUCUUCCAAAGCCUGGUAGUGUUGUUUAUGAUGAUAGUUGCAGAGAUAUGGAUACGGCGUUAGCAGGAGGUAGAACCACUAAUAGUGAUUCAUCAGGUACAAAUGAUCCUGAUACAUUAUCUGGAUCUUUGAACGAGGAAAGUACUUCCAAUUAUAGUUCUGGGCAUUCUGUUGCCAGUUCAGCUGAAAGUGAAUAUUCUGGUUCUGCAAGUGAAGUUGAUGAACCUGCCAGUUCACUAAUUCAGUUUUCAGAGGUUGGUAUUUCUUACAGUAAGCCAAAUGAAAGUGCAGAAGGAAAUGGUUCUACAUCUAUUUCUGAUGAAUUAGGGGGAUUGAUGUCUAAGAGAGCACUGGAAUCAUGGCUGGAUGAGCAACCUGGUUUUUCAGAAUGCCCCCCAUCUAAGCAAGGUGUUGUACUGCCAUCUUCUGCAAGAAUCUCUAUAAGGGAUAUUGGCAAUAGAGUUAAACCAAAAACCUAUGCCCUGUUGGAUCCUGCAAAUGGAAAUGGACUGAGAGUGGAUUAUUUAUUUUCAUCUGAGAUCUCAAGCAUAUCCCCAAUGCACAUAUGUGUGGAAACUUCCUUCAAAAACUGCUCCACAGAAAUAUUGACAAAAAUAUGUUUCACAGAUGAGAAUCAGAGUUCAGAAUCUUCAAACCAGGCAUUGGAAACUGAUGAGAGCUUAUCAACAUCUUACGAUGUGCCAACAGUAGUUCCUAUGGAAGAGAUUACAUCUCUAGUACCAGGCCAAACAACAAGAAGGAUCCUUCAAGUUCGUUUUCAUCACCAUCUUCUGCCUGUCAAGCUGGCUAUUUGGUGCAGUGAUAAAAAAUACUCUGUUAAGUUGCGACCUGAAAUGGGUUUUUUUAUGAAACCACUUCCAAUGGAUGUUGAAGCUUUUAAAAGCAAGGAAUCUCAGCUCCCAGGAAUGUUUGAAUACAUUAGGAGUUGCACCUUUACUGACCAUAUUGAGGAGCUAAACUGUGAGAAGGAUCCAAGUUCAUUAAUGAAAGACAAGUUUCUUGUAGUUUGCCAGAGCCUUGCAUCAAGGAUGCUCAGUCAUGCGAACCUUUUCCUUGUAUCUGUGGAUAUGCCAGUUGCUGUCAACCAUGAUGAUGUAUCGGGUUUGUGUUUGCGAUUCAGUGGUGAGAUAUUGAGCAAUUCAAUUCCCUGCUUAAUAACUAUCACUGUUGAAGGUAGAUGUUCUGAACCAUUGAAGAUAUUUGCCAAGAUGAACUGUGAAGAAACCAUGUUUGGCUUAAACAUGUUGAACAGGGUGAUAGCAUUUCUGAGUUGAACUUCAUUUACCUACUUGGUUUGCACAAGUCUUGGGAAAAGCAACGAGGACUACAAAUUUUGUUCAUGUUUGUUUUAAUGAUUGUUCUGGAUAGUAAAGCAUAUGGAAAAUGGAUGAACAUGAUUGGUGGUGGCUAUAUUUUACUGCAUGCAUGUUUUGUUUCUUUUUCCUUUUCUUCUUUUUUUUUGGGAUUUCAGAUUUGUACCCAAUAUUCCAUCCUUUUUUUUCCUUUCCUGUUCAUCAUGAAAGUGCGAAUUAGCUUUUACAUUCCAGUAUUAUGAUUAGCAAAAUGUUUAUUGAGCAUAUGUACUAUUAUAAUGGCAAAGAUCUUGCUGCCAAUUUAAAGAUAAAGUUGUCAGUCGUUA